AUGGCAAAGUCGUUCGACGUUGCUGUAGUUGGUGCGGGUCUCAGCGCGUUCCAUGCCGUAGAAGUCCUGGCGAAAAGCAAGAAGUCCGUUGCCUACAUCCACGGCUUCACCUUCCAAGAGUGGGCCAUGGCAGCCGCCGUCUUUCUGAACAGCCCGGAGGAGCACGUGAAGUGGACAAGCGGCGACCCCGAGAAAUGGAUGAUGAAGAAGUGGACCAAUGUGGAGUACUUCCUGAGCCCGGCAGAAACCGUGAACUGUGACAUGAAGGAGAUCACCUUGAUGCAAAAGGGCCCUGACGCUGGCAAAGUCAUCAACUACAAAGUCCUGAUCGUGGCAAGCGGCCAGAACAGCCCAUUGCUCACUCCAACGGCCGGGAUGAGCUUGUCGGAGCGCAUUUCGGAAGUCCGGGCCUGCGGCGAAGCAUUGAAGCAGGCCAAGACCGUGGUUUUCAAUGGGGCUGGGCUCGUGGGCCUGGAGAUGUGCGGCGACUUCAGGGCAAGGAACGGGUAUGGGGCGCGCGUGGUCCUCCUCACGCGCUCCGGGAAGGUCCUGGACUCGGAUUUCGGGGACAAGGCCGAGAAGCCAGAUCCGAAGAUGGUGGCCAAGGUGACGGACAUCUUGACGAACAGGUUCAAGAUUGAGAUCAAAGAAGGGGCAGCCUCAGGGCCAGAGAGCGAACAAGCUUCCCUGAGCCCGGGAACCUUGAAGCUUGACAGUGGCGAGAACCUGAGCUUCGAUGUCUACAUCCCCUGCUUCUCCAUGGGCGCGAACACCGGCUUCCUGAAGUCUUCUAACUCCAACUUCCUGGGCCCCCGAGGCACCAUGCUUGUCAACGAGUGCAUGCAGUCUUCUGCCCAUCCGGAAGUCUUGGGUGUCAACGUGACGAACAAGAAGCUGGUUGGCCACCCGGUCACAAUCAUCGUCAGUGCAGCAGCUACUCAUUGUGCCAAGCAGGCUCUUGAGAUCGUGGACGGCAAACCGGCGAAAGCCUUUGUUCCUCCCAAGGAGAGCAUUCAUCCGAUGAAUGUGAAGAUGGGCCACGGUCCUGGUGGAUAUAUGGUUUGGUCUGGACUUCCGGGACCAGCGCAUGUCUGCUGCUGUCUCCCGUGUGGCGGAGGCUAUCCAUUUUGCCCUCCCCCCUGCUGUUGGUGCUGCUUGCCUGGCUGUUCCGGUGCCUGUGGGACUUGCGGCAGUCCUCCCGAAGGUGAAGGGCCAGCCGUUUUCAUGCCGGCUCUGCUGGCCAAGUUCACAGGAAUGCACGGCUUCAAGGGGCUCGGCGACUACGGUUCUGACAUUCCGCAGCAGAAAACCAUGGCAUAG